AUGCUUAGAACUGUUAUCAACCGUUCUAAUUAUAAAUUUAUCCAAUCUCGCUCGUAUUCAAAUAUGGUAUCUGCCUCAGUUAAAGCUAGAGUUGAUGAACUCAUAAAGAAGCCAGUAUUUGUUGCUUCCAAAACAUACUGUCCUUAUUGUAAAGCAGCCAAGGCUACUUUAGGACAAAUGAUUCCAAACUUAGAUGAUUACAUCAUUGAGUUGGAUACUGAUUCCGAUGGUGAAGAAAUCCAAGAAUACUUGAGGGAACUCACUGGUCAAAGAACUGUUCCUAAUAUCAUGGUUGGAGGUGAACAUUUAGGUGGUAACAGUGAUAUCCAAGCUUUAAACCUGAAGGGUUCUUUGAAAACAAAGAUUAAGGCUGCCUUAUAA